AUGAAACCUACUUCGUCCAACCGUCCAUUUUCAGAUCGAGUGCCAGACAAAUUUAAGGAUGGGGAUGAUGCUCAGUUUGAUUUCACAGCUCCGCCGCAAGGUAUGGGUUCACGGGACGGCAAUUUGCAUUAUAUGCAACAGUCCCUCUUCUCCAUGAUUGCUGCUGUCGGGUCCAAGUCGGACUUCCAUGCCCGGUUUGAGGAAUCAAGUGAUAGUGAUGGAGAUAUGGAAGAACACCCGUGGAUGGAGCAAACUAGUGGAAACCCUUCAUCGCGGACGCCUGUGCCAUCCUUGGACUCCCGCCAGCCAAGCAAGAGACCAGAAUCAAACACACUGGUUCUGGAAGAAAGAGGACGUCGCCAUCAAAGAACAAGGUCAGACAAUAAGCUUUUGCAGAGAUUACCCAAGUUAGAUUCAGAAGACGAGGCAAGCGAGUCAUCAAACCCAAUCGACCCGAUGCUCAAGGUGCCUCCUUUAAGGCGAACUCGCAGUGCGACGCCGCGAGCAGCCCCGGUUCUAAGUCGCAUGGUUGAAGCGCAAUCUCACUUUGACUUAACAUCGGCAACACCACACUCGCCACCCGAUCUAAACAAACCCAUGGAAGACCAACCGGAAUCGUCCGCGUCCGCUCUUUCUACGCGAUUGAUGAAGAUGUUUGAGUUUGCGAAGCCCGAAAAGGUUCUGGUGGAGUAUGCAUGCUCGUUGCUCCAGAGCAUGCUUCUUCAAGGCUACAUGUAUGUGACAGAAGGUCACAUCUGCUUUUACGCCUACCUCCCAAAGAAGUCCAACGUGGCGAUAAAGUCGGGAUACCUAUCCAAACGCGGCCGCAAGAACCCUACGUAUCAUCGCUAUUGGUUUGCGCUGAAGGGUGAUGUCCUCUCAUACUACGCAGAUCCCUCCAAUCUCUAUUUCCCUAGCGGACAUGUCGAUCUUCGAUAUGGGAUCUCUGCGUCUCUCGCAGAUCGCAAAGACGGUGAUGUGAAGGACUUUCAGGUCACCACUGAUCAGCGGACAUAUUUAUUCAGAGCAGACAGUGCUACCAGUGCAAAGGAAUGGGUGAAAGCCCUCCAGAAAGUCAUCUUCCGGACGCAUAAUGAAGGCGACAGUGUCAAAGUAUCAUUCCCAAUAGCGAAUAUUAUUGACCUGGAGGAGAGCCCAAUGGCCGAUUUCGCAGAGACAUUCAAGAUUCGAGUUCUCGACAGCGGCGAAACAUACGCAAUUGACGAGUACUUUUUCUCAUUCUUUGAUUCGGACCAAGACGCAUUUAACUACAUCAAGCGCCUGGUCAAUGCUGCGUCGGCUACCUCUGCAAUGAAAGAGCCGCAGAGCCAACACGAUAUCAAAAAUCAAAAGAGACAGUCAGUCAGUAGCGUUCGUUUGUCUGAUCAGAGGCAGGAAGUUUCACCGCGCAAGCGAAGCUCCAGCGUAGGACACGAAAAUCAAGGCUCGACAGAUUCAUUUGCAGAGCAAGGGACCGAAUCAUCGCCGAUUGUACAAUCCAUGACAGAUACCACUGAAUCUGCCAGUCAGAUACUACACAGAAGCGACGUCUUCCAAUCACCCACUAUGCGCACACUGCAAGGACGCUCAUUGGGUGUCGGAGAAAAUAUUCAACGGAAUUCUGAUGAUACGACCCCCUCCGCGUCUACACGGCUGGACCUAGGUGCAGCGACAGGCUCUCCAUCUAGAACACUAGGUCGCAAUGAAACCACCGAAGACACGCGAUAUAUCGCUGGCGAAUCUAAUACAAUGCAAUCUUCAGGGCCGAGCUCCGUUACUCAUUUAAACGAUCUUGUCAAAGUGGGCGCAUACCCCCUUCAACGCGCCGCUGGUUUUGCAGAAUACUUGAAGAGCCGCUCGAAACAAAUGAGUACACUCUUAGCAACAGAGUCAAUGGGCUAUAUAGAAAAGGUCUCUGGCAUGUGGAUUGGUGGCCAGAAGCAUUAUGGAGAACGGGAAGGGCCGUUGCUUGAAGAUCAGAACGUUGAUCCCGAGGACAACGAAGGUUCAUUCAAUUAUGGAGAUCGCUUUCGCGCACACUUCGCUCUUCCAUCUACCGAAAAACUGCAGGCGACCUAUUACGCCUAUUUGCAUCGUGUGCUCCCGCUAUACGGCAAGAUCUAUAUAAGUCAGAAGAAACUUUGCUUCCGGAGCCUGAUUCCUGGCACUCGGACCAAGAUGAUUCUACCCUUCAAAGACAUUGAGAACGUUGAAAAAGAGAAGGGCUUCCGUUUUGGGUACCAUGGACUUGUUGUCAUCAUCCGUGGCCAUGAAGAGCUUUUCUUUGAGUUCAAUGCCUCCGAUUCACGAGACGACUGUGCAGUCACACUGCAUCAGAAUCUAGAGUCCGUGAAAUUCCUGGUGGAAUCUGGCUUGCUAGCAGAAGAAGAACGAGACGAAGUUGAAGCAGCUAAGGCUGAGCACCGCAUGCUUCAGGAAGCAAGGCUGGACAGCCCCGAGGAAGAUGAUGCACGUCCGACUUUCACCGAGGAUUCAUCGGAAAUACAUCCGUUCUUCGACGAUCCUCGCGCUUCCAUUAUCAACUUCAAACCUUCCGAGCCUCUAAGGAUUACUUGCCUAACCAUCGGCUCCCGGGGCGAUGUGCAACCGUACAUUGCGCUCUGCAAAGGACUGCUUGCGGAGGGCCAUAAACCGAAAAUUGCAACCCACGCCGAGUUCGAGCCCUGGAUCAGAAAACACGGGAUUGACUUUGCUCCCGUUGACGGUGAUCCUGCAGAGCUAAUGCGAAUUUGCGUGGAGAACGGGAUGUUUACAUAUUCCUUCCUUAGGGAAGCUUCAAUGAAGUUCAGAGGAUGGAUCGAUGACCUCUUGUCGUCGGCUUGGAUUGGUUGUCAGGGCAGUGACCUUCUAAUCGAGUCACCGAGCGCCAUGGCCGGAAUUCACAUUGCAGAGGCUUUAAGGAUUCCGUACUUCCGCGGAUUCACCAUGCCAUGGACAAGAACACGGGCCUACCCUCAUGCUUUCGCAGUGCCAGAGAAUCGCAUGGGUGGAGCAUACAACUACAUCACAUACGUCAUGUUCGACAACAUCUUCUGGAAGGCCAUCGCGGGGCAAGUGAACCGCUGGCGAAACAACGAGUUGGGAUUGAAGGCCACAACCCUAGACAAGAUGCAGCAGAACAAAGUUCCGUUCCUCUAUAACUACUCGCCCUCCGUGGUGGUCCCUCCUCUUGAUUACCCAGAUUGGAUUCGCAUUACCGGCUACUGGUUUUUGAAUGAGGGCACAGAUUGGACUCCUCCUACUGAACUAUCGAAUUUCAUUGCACAGGCCAGAGCGGAUGGCAAGAAGCUCGUGUACAUCGGGUUUGGAUCCAUUGUGGUCUCGGAUCCUUCUGCUCUGACACGGACCGUCAUCGAAUCAGUCCAGAAAGCAGAUGUCCGAUGCAUCCUCUCGAAGGGAUGGUCCGAUAGGCUUGGCGACCCAGCUAGCACGAAGACCGAGAUACCUCUGCCACCAGAAAUCCACCAGAUCCAAUCUGCACCUCACGACUGGCUUUUCUCUCAAAUCGAUGCUGCAGCCCACCAUGGUGGAGCAGGAACCACUGGGGCAAGUCUUCGAGCUGGCGUCCCCACCAUCAUCAAGCCAUUCUUCGGAGACCAGUUCUUCUUCGGCUCCCGGGUGGAGGAUCUAGGUGUUGGCAUCUGCUUGAAGAAACUGAACGUCAGUGUCUUCUCGCGGGCUCUGUGGGAGGCGACGCACAGUGAACGUAUGAUUAUGAGGGCAACAAAUCUGGGUGUUCAGAUUCGGAAUGAAGACGGCGUGGCUACUGCAAUUCAGGCCCUUUAUCGUGAUCUUGAAUACGCGAAGACCUUGGCCCGACAAAAGUCGCUUGCUUCGUCCACCCCAUUCUCUCCUACACCUACAGCUAAGACCUCCCCGGAUGGAGCCGAUGAUGACCUUGAUGACAUUGAGGAGUGGACCUUUGUCGGUGAUGAAACUGGCUUUGACAUCUCGAAGCGGAUGCGUGAGCGAGCUGCUUCUGAUGCCGACAGACUAGGUUCCAACAUGUUCCAAUGA